GAUAGACAACAGCCUCCAAAAAACAACAAAAGACGAGAAUAACGUGUAUUUCACUCAUUUAACGAGAGAAAAUUGGAAAAAAAUAAAAAUCGGAAGGAAAACAUUGAGAGCGAGAUCAACAUUGAAAGAGAAGGAAAAGCUAGGAAAACUUAAAGCUGCAGCUUAUUAGCUGCUUAAGCUUACAUAACACCCCCCCCCCCCCCUUCUUCCCUCCCGUCCAAAGUAACUAACUCUCUCCCCCCUAAGCCCCAGCUCCUCUCUAAAAGUUGGUCGAUAUUUUCUAGUAAAUAGUUUAUAUUACUAGUUGGAAGCUUUUCCUUCUUUUUUGUUUUUAGAAAGGAAAGAUCAUUACUACUAAUUUUCUAGAUCAUCCCAGUAUAUCUAUAUACUCAUUUAACGUUUAUUUUAAUGGUAUUUGUGUGACUGGCACAGAUCUCCAUUCAUCUUUUUCGUUGUUUUAAUUUUAGUUUUUUGGGGUUUUUGGGGUCUGUUAUUGAAAGUAUGUCCAAUAAUCUUAAAAAUAUUUUAAAAAUUAAUUUUGGAGGCAAAGAUAUCUGUGUGAGGGAGUCUCUCUUAUAUUUAUUUGAGUUUCCCUACUGCCCUAUUUUCGGGUCUAUUGGGAAACCCUCGAGACCUAUUGGUCUAUAAUGCCUCUAAUGGCCAAUAAUAAAUUCAAAAAUAUUUUAAAAUUAAUUUUAGACUAGCCCCAUUAAAUUAAAAUUCUUGAAAAAUGUCAAAACCCGGAAACUUUGCACAGCAACAGCAACCUACAUUUGAUGAAACGCCAGCUCAACCAGAGAAUGUAGAGUUAAAGCUUGCCUCUACCGGAAACUUUGACUUAAGCCAGGCGUAUGGAAAUGAUCGCCGCACACAAAGUGGAAAAUUUACUUUGGCUCAACUUAGGGCUACUGAAGGUGCAAAACUUAAAAUAUUUUUUAAUCAGAAAAAUAAAAAAAUUAAAGGAAUUUGUCCACUCCAGAAUGGCACAAACCAAUUUGACUCGCAAAAGUUGAUGACCGGUUUCGGAACUCCACGUGACGUUAAAGGCAAACAUUUAAAACGUAUUUGGGAAUUAGAGUUCCCAGAGGAAGCAGCCGAUUACCAGCCACCACCAGUCAACGCUGCUCCACAGCAAUUCCAACAACAACCAUUCUCGCCAACCCAGCAACAACAGCCACAACAAUUCCAGCAACGUGCUGGACAGCCACAGCAACAAUUUGCUCAACAACCACAACAACGUCCCGGUCAGCCACAACAACAACAACAACAACAACAACAACAACGACAAGCUGCACCACAACCACCACAAAAAAGUCCAAAUGCUGCUGCCCCAAACUUUCGUUAA